CUUUAUGGGAGGGGGCCUGUUCUGCGCCAUAGUGGGGAACAUCCUGCUGGUGGUCUCAACUGCGACAGACUACUGGAUGCAGUACCGCCUGUCGGGCAGCUUCGCCCACCAGGGCCUGUGGAGGUAUUGCAUGUCGGGCAAGUGCUACAUGCAGACAGACAGCAUCGCCUACUGGAAUGCCACCCGUGCCUUCAUGAUCCUGUCGGCCAUGUCGUGCUUCGCCGGCAUCAUCGCAGGCAUUCUCUCCUUUGCCCAUUUCUCCGCCUUCGAGAGGUUCAACCGCUCCUUCGCUGCAGGGAUCAUGUUCUUCGUCUCCACUCUAUUUGUUCUGCUUGCAAUGGCCAUCUACACUGGAGUGACGGUGAACUUCCUGGGGAAGCGAUUCGGUGACUGGCGCUUCUCUUGGUCCUACAUACUGGGCUGGGUGGCACUGCUCAUGACCUUCUUUGCAGGAAUAUUUUACAUGUGUGCCUACAGAAUGCAUGAAUGCAGGAGAGUGGUGGGCCCACGCUAAAAGAGAGAGGAAAGCCAGUGAAAAGAUUGCAAAUCCGCAAUUCCAACUCGAUGAAAGAUUCAAGCUUACACCAAUAGACAUAUCACUGAAAUAUAGAAACUGUACUGGAAAAUUGAGAACCAAAGAUUAAUACAAAUGUUUGAUUCUGCCUGAGCAGUUUACGUGUCAUUUUAAUAAAGCUAUAACUCUCUUUAGCAGUAAAACAUU